AUGCCUUUCUUGAAAAGCUCGAACGCGCAAGGCGAUAAAGGUCGGGCUGCGAUUGUUACUGGUGGCUCGCGUGGAAUCGGAGCAGGAAUUGCUCUUGAGCUCGGGAAACGUGGCGCCAACGUGCUCAUUACAUACAAUAACGCCAGUACCCAAGCCAAGGAUACCAUCUCUAAACUUGAAGCAUUGGGGGUGGAGGCAAUCGGUGUCCAAGCCAGUGGCAAUGAUCGAACAUCGCCAGAUCGAAUUGUCAAAGCAGCAGUCGAGAAAUGGCAACACAUUGACAUUAUCAUCAACAACGCAGGGGCUGGUGACGACUGUCUUCUCAAAGACAUGACACACGACUUAUGGGACAAAAUCCUGGAUUGCAACCUUCGCUUCCCGACAUUUUUGGUACAGGCAGCAACACCAUACUUUGGCUCACAACCCCGGAUCGUCAACGUUUCAAGUGUGAUUGCCCGAAUGGGUGGAUCAUAUACAACGGCUUAUUGUGCAUCAAAGGCCGCUUUAGAAGGCAUCACAAAGGUCUGGGCAUUAGAGUUAGGGCAGAAAUAUGGCGCGAUUGUCAAUUGUGUCAAUCCUGGACCUGUUGCAACAGAUAUGUGGUUGAGAGAUACGGAUCCAGCCGUUCUGGAGGAGUGGGACACUAAAAUGAAGGAAACCCCAGCUGCGCCUCGGAUCGCGGAAGUUGAUGAUAUUGCGCAAAUAGUUGCAUUCUUGUCCGAGGAGCGCAGCCGAUGGUCAACUGGUAGUACAGUGAAUGCCAAUGGCGGAUUGUGUUUUGUCUGA